AUGAUAUCAUUUUGCCACGGUGUCGGCUCUUCGCAGUCGUCCGCACGCAACCCGACAGAGGCUAUGAGGUCGAGACCCUGCGAGCCAGGAGCAGACGUGCCUUUGCGCGACGGUGAUGAUUUGCAUCGGGCCCGAUAUGCCGAUUUUACUGUAUUUAGCCGCGGUAAGCGCGGGACUUCUUCGCAUGAUGUGGGGUUGGACGUGCAUAAGCCCUUAUCGUGUCAACUCUCGCUCCGGAACACCAUCUUUUCUUCUCGCCACCGGCUCACCUCUGCGCCUCCACCAAAAAAGGCAACGAUGAGAGCUGUACUCCAGCGCGUCAAAGGCGCGACCGUGCAUGUCGAUGGCAAGCUCGUCUCCAAGAUCGGGCCAGGCAUCGUAGCAUUAAUCGGCAUCUCAACGGAAGACACCGCGGCUGAGAUCGUACCGCUUGCGAACAAGAUCCUCAGUACCAAGCUGUGGAACGAGAACCAGGAGGCAUCACAGAUCACCAUCCCGCCGCAGUACGAGCCAGAAGCCUCUGGCUCGAACGGUGCCAACGAGUCGACGGAGCCCGCGGCAGCAGCUACAAACGGAGAGACUGAGGAGGCCAAAGCGCGUUCGGAACAGGUGUGGGGCGGCAAGCCGUGGAAGCGCUCUGUGGUCGAGCUUGGAGGCGAGGUGCUCUGCGUCUCGCAGUUUACGCUGUUCGCACGCACUGUCAAGGGUACCAAGCCAGACUUCCACCGCGCUAUGGGCGGCAACGAUGCACGGGUUAUCUACGAGGCUCUGCUGAAGAAGCUGGGUGACAGCUAUGCGCACGACAGGAUCAAGGACGGCGCCUUCGGCGAGAUGAUGGACGUCUCGCUGACAAACGACGGACCGGUUACGAUCUUGCUAGACACGACCGAGAAGAAGUAG